AUGGGCGACGAAUUGCAACGUCACGUUAUCGGUGGCCGGACUGCCAGCGAUAGCAGUAUCGAUGAUGCUGAGAAGGGGAUGUACGAUAGCACAACCGAACUAAUGGUUCCGUCACCAUUUGUUUACCUAGGUCAGAAAAGGGGAAGGGUUUUCGACUCUCUGUGUCCCACUUCACCAAUUCACGAAGGUAUCACACCUCUGUCCAGCGUACCAGAACUCUCGUUGUUGAGGACAGCGGCAAGUCCACAGAACAGCGAUGUCAAAGUUCCUGAAGUCGCUGUCAAGAAGCCCAGUCCGCCGAAGCCAAUGAUCUCCCGGUGGAUUCUGUUCAAUCUGUGGUUCAACACAUACCGAAAGUUCUUCAUCUUGGUUACCCUUCUCAACCUGACCGGGAUCGUCUUGGCUGCACUAAAUAGAUUCCCUUAUGCGGAGAAUCAUUUGGGUGCUUUAGUGCUGGGCAACCUGCUCUGCGCGAUCCUUUUCCGGAACGAGCUAUUCAUGCGCUGUCUCUACUUCAUCUUUAUCUACGGUCUACGAAGUUGGGCUCCUUUACCAAUCAAGUACGCGGCAACAUCUAUUCUUCAACAUGUUGGAGGUGUCCAUUCUGGCUGUGCACUCUCGGGUGCUGCUUGGUUAAUCUUCAAGAUCGUCGACAUUAUUCGGUACCGUGCCGUUCAACACACGGCUGUGCUCGUUAGUGGCAUCGUCACCAACAUCUUCAUCAUCAUCUCGGUUUUGAGCGCUUUCCCCUGGGUUCGCAACACUUAUCAUAAUGUCUUCGAGAAGCAACAUCGCUUCAUCGGGUGGCUUGGUCUAGCCACUACCUGGAUAUUUGUAGUAAUGGGCAACGUCUACGACGUCAAAACUGGGCAAUGGAGAUCAGAUGCCCACGCCCUGAUCGGCACACAAGAGCUCUGGUUUGCCUUCUUCAUGACAGUCUUUGUCAUCAUCCCCUGGGUGACCCUCCGCCAGGUGCCCGUAGAAGUCGAAAUCCCAUCCCCCAAAGUCGCAGUCGUCCGCUUCCAGCGCGGCAUGCAACAAGGUUUACUCGGCCGCAUCAGCCGUACCUCCAUCAUGGAAUACCACGCCUUCGGUAUCAUCAGUGAGGGCCGCAACUCACCGCACCACUACAUGAUCUGUGGUGUCCAAGGCGACUUCACAAAAGCCCUCGUCGCUAACCCACCCAAGACAGUGUGGACACGAGAACUCAAGUUUGCCGGCGUUGGCCAUGCCUCCGCCAUGUUCAAGCGCGGCAUCCGCGUCUGCACCGGUACCGGCAUUGGUGCCGCCCUAUCCACCUGCAUCCAGUCGCCCAACUGGUUUCUCAUCUGGAUCGGGUCAGACCAAGAACGCACGUUCGGCCCGACCAUCACGGGCCUCAUUCACAACAAUAUUCCGCCUGAGCGUAUGAUACUGUGGGAUAGCAAGAAGCGCGGUGGACGGCCGAACACAAUGGAGCUCUUGAAAGACACAUGGAGAAGUUUCGGUGCAGAGGUGAUCUUCAUCACGAGUAACAUGCAGGGAAACGAUGAGAUGAUGCAAGGGUGUCGCGCAGGUGAGUAG